ACGGUAGAACGGCAAAUGAUCUCAGUAUUACACAAGAGCAUUAAAUUGAUCGAAUGAAAUCUCAAAUCGAGAAAGUUUUAAAUGAUAUCGGUAAAAUGGCUAAACAAUUAAUAUCGGCACAAGAGUGUAAGGAAAUUUUAUGGAAAGCUGUUAACAUCCAAGCUAACGAGACGGAUAUUCAGCAUGAGUUGAACGUAAUGGAAAAUUCGUUCGGAUAUAUUGCCGACCUUGCUCAUUUGACAAUUUGGAUGGGGAAAGGAAACGAUGAGGAGACCAGAGAAGAAUUUAAGUUUUUCGUUAAGCUUGUUCCAUUGGACAGUAAUGGCAAAAUUCGACGUAGUGAAUUGACGUGGAUGUUCGAACGAGAAGCUUUUAUGUAUGCUGAUAUGUUGCUGAAAUUUAAUGCAACGGAAGCGACUCACUGGCAUCCAAAGUGCUACCUAGCGAGAAAAGAUCUGUUGGUGCUCGAGAAUUUAAAUCUGAGCGGAUUUAAACACUUGACACAUCGGACUCGAUUCGAUUGUCCGCUUGUGGAGUGUGUUUUACGUAGCGUGGCUGCCAUCCAUGCUGACAGUAUCGCCUAUGAGAUGAAAAUUCACCCUCGUACCAUUGUUGAUGCUUUCGGCGAGUACAGAGAGGAAUUUGGAAUCGCACCGGAUAAGAUAUGGUUCCAGAGAGGAUUGGAAGCGAUCAAGGCUAUUAUUCCUAUGACGAAAAGCUACCAAAGAUACCCUGAAAAAUAUCGAAUCACAACGUUCGACAAACUCGUGUUCCCGAUUUACGAAAUGGUGAAGCCAUCGUCCAAAUAUCGAAAUGUUUUUUGCCACCAAGAUCUAUGGGCAGGUAACAUAAUGUUCAAAUUUUCCCAAAUUAAUGGGGAAGACAAUCUAUCUGAACCUUCAAGCUGUGUACUUAUGGACUAUCAAUUUCCACGGUAUGUGCCUCCCAUUGCCGAUGUAUUACAGUUAAUUUUUAUGACAACACGUCGAAGUCACCGUCAAAGAUAUUUGCUGAGCUAUUGUCGAGUUUACUACCAGUGCCUUCAUAACGAAUUGAAAAGGCACGGGCUAAAUGGUGAGACUGUAUUGUCAUGGGACGAUUUUCGGGCUAGUUAUGAAGAUCUGAAACUGAUGCCGAUGGUGUCCAACUGUGUUGCUCUGCCAUUCACUUAUUUUCCGAAUGAAAUUCAAAUGAAAAUUAAAAGUAGCGAGGCUGAAGAGUUUCGACGGGUACGAGAAGAGAAUCAUCACGAUUACAUCAUAAAAUAUAUGGAACAGGACGUUGAAUUUAAGGAUGUGGUGCUGGAGAGUAUCGAAGAAUUGAUGGAGACAUUGUACGAGUGAAAUACGGAAUCAAAACAAUCAAACAAAACCAAAUACAAAACUCACGUUUGCUUCAAUUAAUAUUUGAAUUUUAAUGGAUCCAGGUCCUGUGUACUUAUUUGACCUCAUCGGAAACCGGGG